CUACACCAGUCAACAUUUAGAAACAUGGAGUUGACCAAAAUGUUACCAGUAGUGGUCAUCGUUGUCGUUGGACUUUUGGACCUUACAGCGGGCGUGCCGUUCCGUGUGGCGAACUACUAUCGCAGCCACAUGGUACUGCAGAGUGCCCCGCAGCGCGCCCAUGUGUGGGGUUACGGGCAGCCGGAUGGCAUCGUUGUCUUUUCCAUCGACGGUCACUUCAAGGGCAGUGUCGUUGUAGAACAGGACUCACGUUGGUCGGUAUUGUUGCCGGCGAUGACGUCAGGCGGGCCACACGUACUCCGCUUUCACUCCGGGAACACUACCGCGUACCUCUCUGACGUCAUGUUUGGUGACGUAUGGAUCUGUUCCGGACAAAGCAACAUGUACUUUAAAGUGCAACAGCUGGUGAACUACACAGACGUGAUAGCCCGGGCCCAGAAUAUGACGGGCCUGCGGAUAUUCAGGGUGAACACAUUCCAGUCUAACACCACUCUGCAGGAGCCGCACAUCGCUACACAAUGGCACCUACCCCGUAACGACACCGCUACACAGCAGUUCUCUGCUGUAUGUCUCCUGUAUGCACUCGAGGUGGCUCCUUACAUAAACCGGCCCAUAGGUCUGGUAGAGACGUCAUGGGGCGGUACCACUAUCGAGGUCUGGUCCUCGCCUGACGCCAUAGCCAAGUGUCAUCAACAUCAGCUACCACACUAUCCACAAAACAUCCGUGUCCCUAUAGAACACAACUCGCUGUGGAAUUCAAUGAUCUACCCACUUCUUCCCAUGACCAUAUACGGCGCGCUGUGGUACCAAGGGGAGUCUAACGCUGGCUAUUACGUGGACUACACCUGCCAGUUCCCGGCCAUGAUCAACGACUGGCGGGAAAAAUUCCACCUGAACUCUCAGCUACAGACAGAAAAGAACUUCCCUUUUGGCUUUGUUCAGCUAGCUCCUAACGCCAACAAGACGUUACACACGGGAAUGCCGGACCUACGCUGGUCCCAGACGGCUGGUUACGGUUACGUUCCGAACCCAGCACUGCCUGGCGUUUUUAUGGCCGUCGCGAUGGACCUUCCGGACUAUGACUCUCCCUAUGGAACAAUUCAUCCACGUGACAAGUAUGAUGUAGCGAAACGUCUUGGCCUAGCAGGCCUGUCGGUGGCAUACGGCGUGUCAGGCACAGACUAUCAGGGGCCGUUCCCGACCAUGUUUACGCUUGCCGGCAGCAAUAUGACAAUCGAGUACGACGAAGGCAACGACCCUAUCAGAGUGAAGUCGAACCUUGGGUUUGAGGUAUGCUGUGGGCACCUGCAGAACUACACAUGCGGCUACAACGCUUUCCAAUCCGCACCAAUCACAGGUCACGACGCCACCAGCGUUACCAUAGAUACGUCUGCCUGUCACGGCUACAACCACGUGGUGACUGCGGUGCGCUACGCCUGGGAAAUGAGUCCGUGCGAUUUCAAGAUGUGUGCAGUAUAUGACCGGGACUCUGAUUUACCGGCGCCAUGUUUCACCAAGCACGCCCCGUUUUAAAUCGGAGUUAUCACUGCUCUGUUUGUGUCUAAACGGAUGAGAAUUAAAUGAAUCCAAUUAUCAGAA